GAGGUUGGAGUUGUCUGUUUUUUUCAACCUUUCCUUUUCUCUUUUUCUCCCAACAAUGCGAAGCUGAAAUGACUUCAUCCUAAACUUGAUAAAAUUGUCAAGACUACAGAAAUUGAUUUUUGGGUUUGCCAAACAAUAGAAAAAGACUGAAUUUUGAGAUUGAGCUGCCAAGGAAACUCGUUUUAGUUGAAUAGCUGAUCCCAUUUUCAAGAUUUGUAAGCUUAAUAGCUUCACAGGAGUUCUGGGAAACGUGUGUUAUAAUUUUGGGUAUGUUCCUUUAGAUGAUAGUGAUAGUAGUGCAAUUUGAUUUUGAGUUUUGAGGGGUUAUCGAAUUUCAUUCGGUGGGUGAUUUGAGAAAUGGAUUUCUGGCCAGAGUUUCUUGCAAGCAGUUCGGGAAGAGAGUUUGUGGCAGGUGGCCUUGGAGGCACUGCUGGUAUAAUCUCUGGUUAUCCAUUAGAUACCCUUCGCAUCAGAUUACAGAACACCAAAAAUGGCUCUGCCUUCACCAUCCUUAGACACAUGGUAUCUAGGGAAGGACCAACUUCUCUGUACCGUGGCAUGGGCGCACCACUGGCUUCUGUUACUUUUCAGAACGCUUUAGUUUUUCAAACGUACGCAAUUCUGUCAAGGGCAUUUGACUCCUCCGUUUCUGCCAAGGAACCUCCUUCCUACAAGGGUGUUGCUUUGGGAGGAGUUGGUACCGGGGCUCUUCAAAGCCUAUUGCUUUCCCCUGUAGAGUUGGUUAAAGUUCGACUUCAGCUGCAGAACCAGGGGCAGACGACAGAAUCUGGAAAAGGUCCUUUAAGGGUCGCUAAAAAUAUAUGGAGAAAAGAGGGCUUUCGAGGCAUCUAUAGAGGACUUGGCAUCACUGUGAUGAGGGAUGCACCUUCUCAUGGUUUAUAUUUCUGGACAUACGAAUACAUGAGGGAACGGUUACACCCAGGUUGCAGAAAAAGUGGCCAAGAAAGAUUGAACACUAUGUUAAUAGCUGGAGGAUUAGCUGGGGUAGCGAGUUGGAUUAUUUGCUACCCUUUAGAUGUUGUCAAGACAAGACUACAGGCUCAAACGCCCUCUUCUCUCAAGUACAAAGGCAUUUUUGACUGCUUCAAAAAGAGCAUUAAUGAAGAAGGGUACUGUGUGCUAUGGCGGGGUCUAGGAACUGCUGUUGCAAGAGCGUUCUUAGUGAACGGUGCCAUAUUUUCUGCUUAUGAAAUUUCACUAAGAUUACUGUUUAACAAUGGAAGUAUUCCAAUGCAGGAAACAAUUUAGGACAAUUACCAUUCGCAGCUGUACUGAAAGCAAUCAAAAGUUCAGCUAUAAUAUUCAAUAACCAUUACUAAAUGUAAUUGCCAGAUAUUUUACAUGUAAUAUUCAUUACACCAUGUAGUUGUCAAAUAAUUUAUUUUUCAAUUCAUUGACAGCGAAGCCAGUUGUGUGGAUAGGCUUAGGAACUAGGAUCAUCAACUUAAAAUCAACAAAUCUCAAACUAAAAACAACCAAUUUAUCUACCAUUCAGAGCAACUAGAUGCAUGCAUUGCAAGGUAAGGU